CCAUUUUAGCUUCAUAACAUUAAGUUUCUUUAAAACUUUUGUGUGAGCAAAAAAAAAAAAAAAAGACCACCAAACAUCCAAAGAAGCCCAUCAACCAAACAACACCACCACCCCCCAGUCACAAACUACUAGAACUUAUGGUGACACUUAAGGUUAACUUCUGUUUAGAAAAAGAACCAAACCAGGCCAGAAGACAAGCAGAUAAAAAGCUCAGGGAGGCUCGGCAGAGCCAGAGGAGCAGCCAACAUGCCUAGUCAAGCUGCUUGAGAGCAUUGACAAAAUCAUCUUAUGUAAAGGAAUAGGGGAAACCGUGACCCUGAUAAUAUUAGUAGAGGCAAUGUUUACACAUAGCAAAAUAAUUCCACAUUUAGCUGAACUUAUGUUUUUGGGUAUUUUGUGAUCACUGCAAAAUGUCUCUGCAUUAUGUCCUUCAUUCUUAGACAUAUACAUGUGAAACAUACAGCAUCUUCCUUACUUUUAGUUAACACAAUAACCAGUUGCUGCAUCAGGGAAAAGUCAUCCCUUCAUUAACUCUAAGACUUUAUAAAUCAUUUUGUCUAACUUCAUCAUGUGUUGUUUGUUGGUCUUGGCAUUUUAUUGUUUUUUAAUAUUUCCAAACAUUUCCCAUUUUCCUCCGUUCCAGGCCAGGCUCAUCUUGCUACAUCAGAAGGGGUACGGUCAGCGGCUGGGCUGGCAGCAAGCGAGGCCAGGCCAGGCCCGGCCACAAGCGGCACGGCACCACCGGAGAGAGGCAGGGGCCAGCUUGCCGCCGCCUUCACUUCGCAGGCGAACCGGAGAGCAAAACCGGACCAGUUCGGCUCCUCGGGGUCAUCCCGGCAAGGCGUGCGCUCCGGCAGCCGAAGGGAGACAAACUUCGCGGGAAGGGCCGCGACGCUACAGACCAGCAGGGACGGGACCAGGCACCCCCGAGCGUGCCCCGCUAUCCCCUGGAUACCCCCGCCCACCGUCGCAGCGGGCGGCCGCCCAGCCCGCCCCGGGAAAUAUUUACAGUCACUUUCCAGUGUUGAAAUAGAAGCUGAGAAGCAGAAAACAUGUUGGAGACAAUUGAUACUCAUCGGGCCCUCCAGGCCAUGGAGCGCUUACAGACAAAACUUCGGGAUCGAGGUGACAUUGCAAAUGAGGAGAAACUGAGCCUAUUAAAAUCAGUGCUGCAGAGUCCUCUUUUUAAUCAAAUUCUGAGCCUUCAGACUUCUGUUCAACAACUGAGAGAUCAGGUAAAUAUUACACCUUCCAUACAUUCCAGUGGUGAAUUCCCUCAGCUUCUCCAUCAUGGUGUGAACAUGGGGUCCUUGCCACUUAAUGAGUCAUAUUUGUUGGCUCAGCAGAAUGGUAACCCAGCUAAUGUGUUAGAAACAUCAAUGAGAUCCGUUACUCCUCAGAUUAAUGGGAAAUUCUCUAGUGAUGACUUCGAGCAGCUGAUCAGAAACAUGUCCCAGGGUCGUCUUGUUGAGACAAUUGACCUUAUUAAACCUCUGAGUGGUGGUCUGGGCUUCAGUGUUGUGGGACUGAAGAGUGAAAACAGGGGAGAACUAGGAAUAUUUGUGCAAGAAAUCCAGGAGGGAAGUGUGGCACAUAGAGAUGGGAAGCUGAAAGAAGCAGAUCAAAUCCUUGCUAUUAAUGGACAAGCCCUUGAUCAGACAAUUACGCAUCAACAGGCUAUCAGCAUUUUGCAGAAAGCAAAAGAUAAUGUCCAGCUAGUUGUGGCUAGAGGCACUUUUCCUCAGCUCAUCAGUCCUGUAGUUUCCCGGUCUCCAUCUGCUGCUAGCACAGUUUCAGCCCAUUCCAACCCGGUUCACUGGCAGCAUGUGGAGACCAUAGAGUUGGUCAAUGAUGGCUCAGGUCUGGGAUUUGGGAUAGUGGGAGGAAAGUCAACUGGAGUGAUUGUUAAAACCAUCCUCCCAGGAGGGGUGGCUGAUCAGCAUGGAAGAUUGUGUAGUGGAGAUCACAUCUUGAAAAUUGGUGAUACAGACCUAGCUGGAAUGAGCAGUGAGCAGGUGGCACAAGUUCUAAGGCAGUGUGGAAAUAGAGUGAAACUGGUAAUUGCAAGAGGUCCUGUUGAGGACCCACUUCUACCAGCAGUUCCUCCAGGAACACCAGUACCCACCUCUACACCAGAGAAACAGGAUGAUGCUUCUGUUGAUAGCUGUGAAGAUGGGGAGAAAUUCAAUGUUGAACUCACUAAAAACAACCAGGGCUUAGGAAUAACUAUUGCUGGUUACAUUGGAGACAAGGCAUCAGAACCUUCUGGUAUCUUUGUAAAGAGCAUUACAAAAGGCAGUGCUGUUGAACAUGAUGGCAGAAUCCAUGUGGGAGAUCAAAUUAUAGUUGUGGAUGGAACAAAUCUUCAGGGUUUUACUAACCAGCAAGCAGUUGAUGUUUUGCGGCACACAGGACAAACGGUUCGUCUCACUUUGAUCAGAAGAGGUCUUAAGCAGGAAAAUCGUAUUCCACCCCAGGAGGACUUCAGUGCUCCUGUUGAGCAGGACUUACUAUUCCAAACAAGGGAGAGUAACACAGCCAAAGAUGACAGUGAAACAGAUCAGGGAUCCCCAUCACUGCCAUGCAGUUCCAGUGUGGUAAAUAUUGGAGAUGACAUGAAACAACAGGAAACAGAUUUCCAGCUAACUAGUACAGAAGAAGCGGCUGCAAAGAUAAAAUGGCAGAGGAUUAUGGGUUCGAAUUAUGAAAUAGUGGUGGCUGUGGUUAACAAAUAUAGUGAAAGCAGUGGGUUAGGGAUAAGCCUUGAAGCUGCAGUGGGUCAUCAUUUCAUCAGAUCUAUCUUACCUGAAGGGCCAGUUGGACGAAGCGGCAAGCUUUUCAGUGGAGAUGAACUGCUGGAAGUGAAUGACAUCUCUCUGCUUGGAGAAAACCACAAGGAUGUGGUCAGUAUCUUGAAAGAGCUGCCUAUUAAGGUGACAAUGGUGUGCUGUCGUCCAGUAGCUCCACCUGUUACUCAGCCAGAAAUACUAGAGAAUCUAAGCCUAUCUGAGGUUCAUCUCACAGAAAAGGGUCACAUAGAACUUGGAUUCAUUGGCUCUUCAGACACAGAGGGAACAACUUUGGAAACAGCUGAUGAGGGUCAGAGUAUGGAGGAGGUGCAAAGCUCUUCUCUGGCAAUGUGGGAAACAGACGUACAGCACAUAGAGUUGGAGAAAGGGAGUAUGGGACUUGGAUUUAGCAUAUUGGACUAUCAGGAUCCUGUUGAUCCAGCAAACACUGUAAUUGUGAUUCGCUCAUUAGUUCCUGGGGGUGUGGCUGAGCAAGAUGGUAGACUUCUUCCUGGAGAUCGGCUUAUGUUUGUCAACGAUAUCAACUUGGAAAAUGGCAGCCUGGAGGAAGCAGUGCAAGCACUGAAAGGAGCCCCAACAGGAACAGUUAAAAUAGGAGUUGCCAAACCAUUGCCUCUUUCACCUGAGGAGGGCUAUGUCUCUGCUAAGGAAGAUUGCUUUUUCUACCCUGCCCAGUCACUUGAGGAGGAGGGGCCAGCUGAUGCAGCCCUCUUCCAUGCUGAGCUGGCUCUGGUGGACUCUGGUGAGGCAGAUCUAGCGGAUGAGUCCACCUUUGAAUCACAGUAUUCUCUAGAGAGAGACGUCUUCCAGGACUCAGUGACAGCUCUGCAGGACAGUGCCUGUAGCGGUGAGGUGAACCACAGCUUCUCUCUUCCAUUAUCAACUCCCAAGUCUGUUGGAGAGGAAUGCCCAAAUGCUGCAGGUGAUUUCCAUGUAUCUGAGAAGAAUCUGUACAACAUGAAUCUGAAUCAGAGACUCAGAGAUGAAAAGUCUGUAGUGGACAGUAGCUUGGAAACUGCAAGUGAUUUUACUAAAAUAGAUCUUCUGACUCUGGAGGUUUCAGAUAUCAACCGAAAUGAAAGUGAAAAUACAGCAACAUGGACUGGAUCUCAGACAGCAUCAGAAAUAGUACUAAAUACAAGCCUUGCUACUACCACACAGCUUGAUCCCAAUGAAAAAGAUCAAUUGCUUUUAAUGGAAAAGAGAUGCCCACUAUCUUUGGAGGGAAAUUCCACACCCCAAAAUUCAGUCAAAAACUUGUAUGAGAAGACUAUCACUAUUGCAAAAGGCAAUUCAAGCCUAGGGAUGACAGUAAGUUCCAAUAAGGAUGGUUUGGGAAUGAUAGUUCGCAGUGUCAUCCAUGGAGGCUCGAUAAGUCGCGAUGGACGGAUUGGUGUGGGAGACUGCAUCCUGUCCAUUAAUGAAGAGUCAACCACAAACUUAACCAAUGCACAAGCCCGGGCUAUGCUCAGACGGCAUUCACUCAUUGGACCAGACAUAAAAUCUUCUCCAGCACCUGCUGAUGAUCAGACCCUGUGUUAUGUUAUUACAUAUGUGCCAGCAGAAAAUGUAGACGAGUACAGGGCCAGUCUGAGACAACAGACAGAGGGAACAGUGCCACUUGAACUUUUUCCUUCACAUAUUGUCAGGGAACUUCCAGAGCUUCCAGAACGUGAAGAGGGGGAGGGAGAAGAAAGUGAACUUCAAAAUGCAGCUUUCAGUAACUGGAACCAGCCCAGAAAGGUCGAACUCUGGAGAGAGCCUAGCAAGUCAUUGGGCAUCAGCAUUGUUGGAGGACGAGGGAUGGGAAGCCGCCUGAGCAAUGGAGAAGUGAUGAGAGGGAUUUUUAUCAAACACAUCCUGGAAGACAGCCCAGCUGGCAAAAAUGGAACACUGAAAACUGGAGAUCGGAUUGUAGAGGUGGAUGGAAUUGACCUCAGAGAUGCCAGCCAUGAACAAGCUGUGGAAGCCAUACGGAAGGCAGGCAAUCCUGUAGUCUUUAUGGUACAGAGCAUUAUAAGCAGACCAAGGGCAUUUGGUCAGUCUGAUACAGAGCCAGAAAAGACUUCGCUUUGUAACUUGCCUCUGCCCCCUCCCUCAGCAUUUUCAGGAAUGAGCUCUGAUGUUGCACAGUUAUCUUCUAUCAGAGUCCCAGAAGAUGUGGAGAAGGAGGAUGAGUUCGGUUACAGCUGGAAAAAGAUCAUGAAGCGCUAUGGAAAUCUACCAGGGGAGCUACACAUGAUUGAGCUGGAAAAAGGAAAGACAGGUCUGGGACUUAGUCUUGCUGGUAACAAAGACCGAUCCAGGAUGAGUGUCUUCAUAGUGGGAAUUGAUCCAAAUGGAGCAGCUGGAAAAGAUGGCAGGUUACAGGUUGCAGAUGAGUUGCUAGAGAUAAAUGGCCAAAUCCUUUUUGGAAGGACUCAUCAGAACGCUUCUUCAAUAAUCAAAUGCGCACCAUCUAAAGUUAAAGUAAUAUUUAUCAGAAAUAAGGAUGCAGUAAAUCAGAUGGCUGUUUGCCCUGCAAAGUCAGUAGAGGCUUCUCAAUGUACUUCAGGGACACUUCAACAUCAAGAGAUUGACAUCAGUGUUGCAAACCUGAGUGCAUUUUCUGACUUGAGUUCAUGUAAAAACAUUCAGUAUGUGGAACUUCCUAAGGAUCAAGGAGGCUUUGGAAUUGCCAUUAGUGAAGAAGACACAACUAAUGGAGUAGUUAUUAAAAGCUUAACAGAUCAUGGUGCGGCUGCAAAGGAUGGUCGUAUCAAAGUUGGAGAUGUGAUUCUGGCAGUGGAUGAUGAAAUUGUUGUGGGAUAUCCUGUAGAAAAGUUUAUUAGUCUCCUGAAGACAGCAAAAUCUGUUGUGAGGCUUACAAUCAACCCAGCAGAGACAGAUAACCUAACUACAGUGCCAGCCCUUUCCAGCGCUGUCCCAGCAGAGAAGAGGAAUAUGCAACCACCAGCAGCUCUCCCCACUUCCAGCUCACCAGAACCAGAAGCAGUCAAAAACACAAGCAGGUCUUCAACUCCAGCCAUGUUAACCUCCGACCCAGCUACAUGUCCCAUCAUUCCUGGAUGUGAAACAACCAUUGAUAUCUCCAAAGGGCGCACUGGUCUUGGUCUGAGCAUUGUUGGAGGAGCAGACACUUUGCUGGGAGCAAUCAUUAUCCAUGAGGUAUAUGAAGAAGGAGCAGCAUCUAAAGAUGGACGACUGUGGGCUGGUGAUCAGAUACUAGAGGUGAAUGGAAUUGACCUCAGGAAUGCCACACAUGAUGAGGCCAUUAAUGUUCUCCGUCAGACACCCCAAAAAGUUCGUCUGACUGUGUACAGAGAUGAAGCGCAGUACAAGGAGGAAGACAUGUAUGAUGUGCUGAAUAUAGAGCUCCAGAAGAAGCCUGGUAAAGGCCUUGGGCUGAGUAUUGUUGGGAAAAGAAAUGACACAGGUGUGUUUGUGUCAGACAUCGUCAAAGGAGGAAUAGCAGAUACAGACGGGAGAUUGAUGCAAGGAGACCAGAUAUUGACAGUGAAUGGAGAAGAUGUCCGAAAUGCUAAUCAGGAGGCUGUUGCAGCUUUGCUAAAGUGUUCCUUAGGUACAGUAAGACUAGAGGUUGGAAGAAUAAAAGCUGGGCCAUUUCACUCUGAAAGGAGAACAUCCCAGAGCAGCCAGGUCAGUGAAGGAAGUGGCAGUCUCUCAUCGUUCAGUUUCCCAGUGUCUGGGUCUGGUGCACCUGAGGUCUUUGAAAGUGGCCUAAAGAGGCAUAUCACAGCUUCUGAAAUACAGGGACUAAGAACAGUUGAAAUAAAAAAGAACCCUACAGAUUCACUAGGAGUGAGCAUUGCUGGAGGAGUAGGAAGUCCUCUUGGAGAUGUUCCUAUAUUUAUUGCCAUGAUGCACCCAAAUGGAGUUGCAGCUCAGACUCAGAAAUUAAGAGUUGGGGACAGGAUUGUUAGCAUCUGUGGAACAUCUACGGAGGGCAUGACUCAUUCCCAAGCUGUUAAUAUCUUAAAAAAUGCUUCAGGCACUAUUGAGUUGCAGGUUGUAGCUGGAGGAGAAGUGAGUGUCAUAACUGGUCAGCAGCAGGAUCCACCUACGCCCAGUCUUUCAUUUUCAGGACUAACUUCAACUGGCAUUUUUCAGGAUGAUUUAGGACCUCCUCAGUAUAAGACCAUUACUCUGGACAGAGGACCAGACGGCCUUGGCUUUAGUAUUGUGGGUGGCUAUGGCAGUCCUCAUGGAGACUUACCCAUUUAUGUGAAGACAGUGUUUGCAAAGGGUGCAGCAGCAGAAGAUGGACGCCUCAAGAGAGGGGAUCAAAUCAUUGCUGUGAAUGGGCAGAGCUUAGAAGGGGUGACCCAUGAGGAAGCAGUUGCUAUUCUGAAAAGGACAAAAGGAACAGUCACUUUGACCGUGUUGUCAUGAACUGGCUGCCUGUCAGGCUAGGGUCAAUAAGACAAUAUUGUUUACUUUCCACAUAGUAAAGAGAAUGGAGAUGUUUAUGUAGUCUUCUUGCUCUUUCAGCUUCACAGGACUGUGUUACAACGCUGAAGAAAAAUAACAUUUAACCAUAUUUUUGUAUACAUUAAAAGUACUUCUGUCAAACCACUGGGAUGAAGUUAUGUUGACAAUGGAAACACAGGGAUAUUUUUCCUGUUAGUAAGUCACCAUGAAAAAAAAUGUUGCCAUUAAUAACCACACAAGGAAAUGUUUUGGGAAGAGACUUUGUGUUUGAGUAAUGUUGGAAAAAUUAUAAAUUCAUCAAGUCAGCACAGAGGUUGCAGGGGUAGCAGUAGUCAGACAACAGGAAAGAGGUUAUUGAAGAAAGAAAAUAUUACUAAAUCAGAGAUUUGGGAGAUAAGGGGGAAAUGUAUGUAAUCUGGAGGCAGAAGGUUCUUUAGAACUAGAUGAUUUUUAAGGUUCCUUUCGACCCAGACUGUCCAAUGACCAUAUUAUUUCACAAUGCUCAAUAGGAGGAACUAGUUUGGUGACUUGGGUAGAUUUUUUUGCUAGGCUUUUUGUGUGUUUAAAUUUUUCUAAGUCAUGGUGUAUCUGAAAAAAGAAAAAAAAAGAACACUGUGUUUCACUUGGCUUAGGUUUGAGGGUUUCAUUAUUUUGAUGGCAGGGGGGUGUGUUGGUGGUGGUGAUGGUGGUUUUGGGUUUUGUUUGUUUGUUUUGGUUGUGGGUUUUGUGAGACUUGUGGUCAGGGCUGAAAAGUCCAUGACUAGUGGAAACUGUUCCUGGUGACUGAGAAUGUCCGGCAACUGCAGUAUUAGAAGAGCUAUACUUUUAAAAUAGGAAUAUUUUAUAGUCCUUUUGGAAGAAAACAACUUUUCUAAUAUGAAGUGUCUAAAAGCAAAUGUCCUCUUCCAGCGUGCAACACCACGUACACGGUCAGUGCAGACAUUUCUGCAAGCUGUUUGCUUCAGAGCUGUGAACAGACCUCUCAGAGCAGUUCUGCUUAGCUGCCAGCAGAUGUCUAGAUAUUGCCAGUGUGGAAGGAGUUGACAUUAAUGGUGUUGCUGCUAUUAUCACUAGCAGCAGAGGUAGAGUCCUCCUUGAACUGAGGAGGCAUACAGCUAGGAGUCAUGGAUUGAGCAUGGGUAAAGACCUGAAAAUGCCUCACAAUGAAGGUGCAUAGUGAGACAGCAGUGAGGGUUUGGAUCAGUAAUAAGCAGAAGAGGAGCUUUGACAGCUACAACUAUUAUUUUGGGGAUAUUAAUUUUAGAGGCACAAAUAAAAGCUCUAGUAAGUACAAUGCAACGGUGGAGCUUUGUUUGAUCAGCAGCAUGGUCAAUAAAUGCAUCACUUUCUCAUUACUUAAACUUUAUCUGAAAACUGCACUCAAUUGUACACUUAGCUGAUUGUAACCUGCCUGCCCUUGCCUGCCAUGCUCUUAGGAAUCUGGCAGAUAAAGCAUGCUUUUUCCAGGAUUUAUUUUCCUGCAGAAAAACUUAGCUGAGUCUUUUGAGAGAGGAAGAUACCAGUCAAACUAGUAUGCUAUUUAGCACGAGGAUGCUUUGCGUUAAUUAGCAAAAAUGGAAUUUUAUCAAGAAGGCUACUAUCUCAACUAUCACUUAGGAGAAAUAUGAACUGAAAAUGCAGGCAGUGGUCAGGCCAUUAUUAGGGGAUAAUACAAAAGACUAGCAUUCAUUUUAGUGGGUCACAAAAGCAGUAUUAGGAGUGUCUGUCAAAUAGUAUUAACAAAUUGAUAGCUAUGUGUAAGUGAACUAAAAAAAAAACCCCACUCUUUGUCUUUUUAACUAUUCUAGAAGUUACAUUGUGGUAGGCUAAGAUGCAGUAAACUAGAUGGUACCAUUGCUGGAUGCUGCUGUUAUUGAAUUGCUUUUGUACUUAUUCCGUGCAUAGAAUGAGAGAUGCCUACAUUAGAGUAUGUAAAGUCACUUUAAAUAGUAUCUAUAUUUGUAACAGAAGUAGUGUACAGCUAUUUUGUUACUGCUUUUGUGUCACAAUGGGGGAUUUAAAUUAAUAAAUUUAAAACUGUCAUGAUGAAGUUCUGGGUGUGUUACUAGUUGCUUUAUAAUAGCAUGCUUGCAUUAUUCAUUCUGUUCAUUCUGUUGCAAAAGAUUAAUGCAAAACAGCUUAAUAGUUGAAAAAAGACAUUACUCUCGAUGUAAACCUUAAAGCAUCUGCUAAAAAUUGAUUUUUUUUUUAAAAGAUGUUAUCUUCACUUGCAAACCCUUAGGAAAUUAAUGAAACUGUGAAGCUCUUUUGCUUUUUUGUAACAGAGUGUUAAUCAUUGUUUCAAAAAACAUUCCUUCAGGCAUGGUAUGUGCCAUGAGGGACAUGGAACUUGGGGCUCAGAGAACGGGCUCUCCCCCAAGCCCCAUGCCCAGAAACUGUUGCAUGACCACUGUUUAGUGGCUGCCAUGCACUGGACCAUGUAGUAAUAGACUUUUCAGGCACAGGAUAUUUGGUUUUCUCUACCAUUUUGUAUUCAAUGCAACUUUCCAGUCACAGGAGUUAGUCCUGUAAGGUGCUGGGUACCAUGGCCUAGUUGUACCAAGUUUUAUGGUUUUUGUUACAUUUUUUCCAUGUUACUGCUGUUACAGUUUUGGAAGGGUCUGGCAUCUAAAAAGGCUCCAUCCCAUUGUCUGGUCAGAUAUCCAGCCCUUUUUUUUAACUCUCAGCUAUGUAUUGCUGAGGGCUAAUCAGAAUGGUAGUAAUGAAAAGCUCUUUAAUUUUAGAGUGAUAUUAUAAAAGGGACUGCCAUUUUUAAAUUGUGGGUCUGAAAUAAAGACUGCUGAUUCAUAGGAAUGCACAUAUUUCAUUUCUUGACAGUUAGCAGGUAUUGUUGGCAUGGCUGCUUUUCUGUUCAUUCUUCUGUUAGAUUUUAUUUCUGGGUUAGCUUUAUGGUAGCAGUAGUAUUGUUAAUUCUCAGCUGAGAGAAGGGUUGGAAUUUAAUAGCUAUUGCUGAUCCCCUUCACUCUAUUCAGUUUCUUUUUAUAAGAAAAAAAAAAAGAAACUGUAUAUUCUAUAGACCUAGAUGAAGAAAAAAGUGUCAUCCUUGUUGUUAAGUGUCAGGAUGUUUUGUUUUGGUGACACAGACUUGCAAGUUAUGUGGAAGUGCUUAGGUCAUUUAAUAGUGUUUUGCAAAGAUAGCCUUACCUCAAAA